AGCGCAGGGGACGUCACCCGAGCAGCUGCGUGUUGUUGCAGAGUCACUGCGACUGUUCGAUGUAAACAAGGAGACGAAGAAGACCCGACAAGAUUCGGACACACUGUCGCUUCUACGCAGCCACAUACCUCUGGAGUUUGUGCUGGGUCGUGUUCGAGUCUCGAAGGUCCAUGGUUCAGCUGUCUCUCCGUCGGUUCGCGCUAGCAGCAGAAGCUAGCGACCGUUAGCCUGACUGGCAGGUUCAGAGCGGGCCUGGAGCCAUAAAUCCUCUGUAUGUUCCGAUAGAAGUCUGCACUUCGACACCAGAAGCCAGAACCCUGGGUGGCUGGUCGGAGCAGCCUCCUCCCAACAUGGAGGCAGCAGGGAAGGACUGCGAGGAGGAGACUCUGCAGACAGCGUUUAAAAAACUGCGGGUUGAUGCUGAGAGCGUUCCAGCACCCACGAGUGCCUCUGAGACGUCGAGGACGCCGCCGCGAUCGUCUCUGGAUACAGGCACCAAGCCAAAACUAGGCUGCUUGAAAGAGAACUGGCACGGUGUGCGGAAAACUUCUCGGGGUUCGUCCAGAACUCAGCGCCGUAGAAGAUCCAAGUCGCCGAUACUUCAGCCGUCGAAAUUCACCUACUGCAGUUCUGUGUCUGCUGCCAGUCUGUCGCCCCCUAGUGUCUGCCUCAAGCACUCUCCUGUGGAGCCUGUGGGGGGCAGCAGCGGCUUGGCUCAGAAGGAGUUCCUAGCCUCCUGCUCAUCCCGCCACACUUCCACUGUAUUUGGCUCUGCUGCUGCUGCAUACGAGUCGCGUAUCACUUCCUCACCGUCUGUUCAGGACGUUGCAGGGAACAGAGAGAGCGGCUCGGAGACAGAAGAUGGUUCAGACUGCAGAGUGCAUAGAACGCCUGACCGCACAGACUUCCGUGCUUUGUCCGAGCUGCACAGCAGCGCUCCUGAAGAACCAUCGUGCUCUAUCUGCAGCUGCAGUGAGAAGAGCGGCCAGGAAGGUGCGACUGCAGUAACACGUGAGAGUGAGUGUUCGUGUCAGGUAGGUCGACGUGGUUGGAGUGAAGUGGCAGUUUACUCCUUCACUGGGCUUCGCGGUGUUAUCUCAGAGUGCGAGCAAAAUCUCGACAAGAGUCCUAGAACCCUUGGAGCUUCCACGCCACCAUCACUGUCUGGCUCUCCUCGCUCUUGCUCUGAACAGGCACGAGCUUACGUGGACGACAUUACAAUAGAGGACCUCUCUGGGUACAUGGAGUAUUACCUUUACAUCCCCAAGAAGAUGUCUCACAUGGCUGAGAUGAUGUACACUUGAAUCAUGCAGAGGUGGCAAGACCACACUUGUGUCCAGGUGAACAGUGGAUGGACACAGCGCCCUUGUUCUCCCAGUAAAUGCACGCAAUGCCAAAGCUUUUGGGGCAGAGCCAAGACAGGACUUCUACACUGGCAGUUUGUGUUUCUGUGAUCAAUUAUGUUUUUGUUGGGACUUCUGUUGAAUUGUUCUCUAAAUAAAAAAAACUUU